AUGUCUUCGACUAACAUCACCAAAAAAAUAGUCCAGCUGUUGCAGCAACUUCCCGCAGAUAAGGUCAAACACUACUCUUCUUUUAAAUUCACCCAAAUUGAACGUUUUUGCAAUUUAGGUGGGUUUCCUAUUCCAAAGGAAGUGAAGGAGGAACAAGCAGCCGAAGAGAAGAAGAAGCAGGUUUUGGUGAAACUAGAUCCGAAAAAAUUGAAGAGAAUGAUCUUUAACGAGAAGGAAGAACCUAUUAAUUAUCAGAAGAACUUAUUCAAUGAGGAUAUCCUAAAACAACAGUAUAAGUCAAUCAAAAACCUACAUCAAAACAAAUGGGGCAAUUAUUAUGCAAUCAGCAACAAAUUACUUGAACCAAAAGGAAAUCCAAACUACUACUCUAGGCUUAUGGGGGAUGUGAAUAAAGGUGGUCAAAAGAAGGAAGGGUUAAUUACGGCUUUCAAAACCAUCCUCACAGGUAGAUACUGA